AUGGCGGUCGUCCUUCGGACUCCUGCUGUGGGCCACGACAGGCGUGAGCGAUCCAGAUCCCCGCCCCACAUUGUGAACAAUCACGACAAGGAUCCCCAACUUGAUGCCGUCAUCACUUGUAGUAGCGUGCUAGACUGGCUGAAGCCGGAGUGCGACGCGUUCCGGGGUAUGGUUGUUCCCAGGUCGCAGACAUGGGACCAUGCCCAGCACUUUCUCGACCGGCUGUACAGCAGAGUUGUGAACUUUGGAGUAGUUGACGAAUCCGAGAGUCUCAUGGAGAUCGUUCCGCUUUUCGACGGCGCGUCGGAGUCGAAGCUGGGCGUCCAGCUUGACGCUGCAGCACAGCGUCUGCUGUCGCCGCUGGUCCAACACGGGCUUCCCGCCGACCUGGCGGCCCAGAUUCGGAUGGACGUAGCCGAGGCGGGCCCGGUAGUUGCCAGGCUUCUGCCAAACGCCGCUGAGCUCAUGCUCAAGCUGGAACUGACCAGGGAGAACAUCUGCGGCCGGUGGCACAUGGACAACUACGUGGGCCGCGCAAUCGUGUCGUACAACUGCGCCGCGACAGUGCAUGUGCACGACGACUUCGUGGAUUUCGAAAGAUUCGAGAUCGAUCGAACAGAUAUCUGCAGAGGGCCCAACGAGUACGUGAUCAGAGCUCGCAAGGCAAUUCGCAGCGCCGGAGUUGGCAACAUUCUCUUCAUUAAAGGCAUGCUCUUUCCAUCCAGGGUUAAUGGAUUGGUGCACGAGGCGCCUGACAAACUGCACCGUCACGAUUGCAGCGUUGCCACCAGGCUCAUUCUGAAGGCCGACGAGUGGGCGGCGCAGGGGACGACGCUGUUCAUCACCGUGGACAGGGCCGUCGGCGGCAUGAUGCUCCUGGAGGACACCGUUCGGGGCGACGCGCGGGCCGCCGUGGCGCAGCUGAAGGCCCUAGGCGUCCAGCCCGCGUUGCUCACCGGAGACAACGAGGAGGCGGGGAGACGAGCUGCUGCCGCCGCCGGGAUCGAGACGGUCCAUGCCCGUGGUCGCGCGGGCCAUCUCUGA